AUGACCUCCCGUUACCUGAUAAUCCUGAUCUUCACCAUGUUCACCAUCAACAGUUGUCUUUCAGUCCUUAUGGUGCCAGAUGAUCGACCAUUAGCAAGAGGAGUUGAAAGUAUGGAUGUACAGGUAUGCUUUUCCAAUUCAUACCAAAAAUUUUUCAGGAAGUUGCAGUAAAAGCCACAAUCCGCUACAAUAACCUAUAUUAUCCAUCGAAACAAGUGGUUCUUCUCGAAGUUAUGGAAGCUCAAUCGCGGCGGAUAGACAAAUUGGGCACGGAAUACUUGAUAAGCUUUGUUGUUGGCAUUACUGGCUGCACGAGGACAGGCAAGGAUAAUUGCCGGAAGAAGGACGUCGAGUUUGUGGACUUUAUCGCUGUAGAAACCCUGAAAACAUAUGAAAAAGAAUUUGUUUUCACGUUUCACAAGAUUAAAUAA